AUGCCGCGAAAUCCGCCACCUGGCAAUCAAUCAUCGAUUGAAAAUAAAAUGGUGCACGAUAUUAAAAUAAAGGAACGUUCUACGCCGACAGCACUCAAAGAACUGGACCAAAAGUUGGCUAACGAUCGGUCCAAACGAUUUGGCUACUUGUUAGAUCAGACUGAAAUUUUUUCUCACUUCAUCGACGGCGGCGUAAAAAAAGCACCUUCGAGUCCUUUAAAGGUCAAGCCUGUAAUCUUUAAAAAAGCUAUAGACAAUGAAUCUGGCGAAGAAUCAGGAGAUCACCGUCAUCGAAGGACUGAAAAAGAAGAAGAUGAAGAACUUAUAGAAGAAAGUCAAAUAGAUAAGGACAUCUUUCAUAGAUUUGAGAGUUCACCUCCAUAUAUCAAAAAUGGUGCAAUGAGAGAUUACCAAAUCCGUGGUUUGAAUUGGCUAAUUUCACUACACGAGAAUAGCAUCAAUGGAAUAUUAGCCGAUGAAAUGGGUCUCGGCUACAUGAAGCACUUUCGAAAUGUAGACGGCCCUCACUUGGUCAUAGUGCCUAAAUCAACCCUUCAUAAUUGGUCAUCUGAAUUUCGGAGAUGGUGUCCGUCUCUGGAAGUAGUCUGCUUGAUUGGCAAUCAGGAAGAAAGAGCUACAUUUAUUAGGGAAACAAUGUUGCCUGGCAAAUGGAGUGUUUGUGUCACAACUUACGAAAUGAUGUUACGAGAAAAAGCUGUCUUUAAAAAGUUUAUAUGGCGCUAUUUGAUCAUUGAUGAGGCGCACAGAAUAAAGAAUGAAAAGUCGAAGUUGUCGGAAAUUGUAAGGGAGUUAAAGUCCGUAAAUAGGCUCUUACUGACUGGUACUCCGCUGCAAAAUAACUUGCAUGAAUUAUGGGCAUUGCUUAAUUUUCUUUUACCGGAUGUUUUCAAUUGUUCUGAGGAUUUCGAUGCAUGGUUCGAUACGAAUAGUUGCCUUGGAGACAACAGUUUAGUUGAAAGAUUGCAUGCGGUUUUAAGACCUUUUCUCUUAAGAAGGUUGAAAUCAGAAGUAGAGAAAGGAUUAAAACCAAAAAAGGAAGUCAAAGUUUAUGUCGGACUCAGUCGUAUGCAGCGCGAAUGGUAUACAAAAAUUUUGAUGAAAGAUAUUGAUAUCGUUAACGGUGCUGGUAAAACGGAUAAGAUGAGACUAUUAAAUAUUCUUAUGCAACUUCGUAAAUGCUGCAAUCAUCCAUAUCUUUUUGAUGGUGCUGAACCUGGUCCACCCUACACAACUGAUACCCAUCUUGCUACCAAUUGUGGCAAAAUGGUUGUAUUAGAAAAGCUUUUACCACGAUUGCAAGCACAAGGAUCUAGGGUGUUAGUAUUUAGCCAAAUGACUCGUAUGCUGGAUAUUUUGGAGGACUAUUGCAUGUGGAAAGGUUAUAAAUAUUGCCGUUUAGAUGGUUCAACACCACAUGAAGACCGUCAAGCUUCUAUACAAGCUUUCAAUAUGCCUGAUAGUGAUAAGUUUCUCUUUAUGCUCAGUACUCGAGCUGGUGGAUUGGGCAUCAAUUUAGCAACCGCAGAUGUCGUCAUAUUAUACGAUAGCGAUUGGAAUCCUCAAGUUGACUUGCAGGCCCAAGAUCGAGCACAUCGUAUUGGGCAAACCAAAGAGGUUAAAGUUUUUCGUUUCAUUACUGAUAAUACUAUUGAAGAGAGAAUAGUCGAAAGAGCUGAAACAAAAUUAAGAUUGGAUAGAAUUGUCAUCCAGCAAGGUCGACUUGUAGAUCAAAGCCGUACAGUUAGUAAAGAUGAAAUGUUGAAUAUGAUUCGUCAUGGUGCUGGUCACGUAUUCGCUUCCAAAGAUUCUGAGAUAACUGACGAUAGCAUUGAUGAAAUUCUAGAUAAAGCUGAAAGAAAGACCGCAGCGAUUAAUCAAAAGUUAGAAAAUCUUGGUGAAUCUGCACUCCGAGAUUUUUCUCUGGAUACCCCAGGAAGUAUUUUUGAUUUCGAAGGUCAAGAUUACAGAGAAAAGCAAAAGUCCAACCUUCGAAGCUAUUGGAUAGAGCCGCCAAAGCGUGAACGUAAAGCUAAUUAUGCCGUCGAUGCUUACUUUAGAGAAGCUUUGCGUGUUUCGGAGCCUAAAACUCCCAAGGCUCCUCGUCCUCCUAAGCAACCUAACGUACAGGACUUUCAGUUCUUUCCGCCUCGUUUAUUCGAAUUGUUAGAUAAGGAGAUUUACGCUUUCCGAAAAAGUAUCAACUAUAAGGUACCCGCAAACCCAGAUUUACCCCACGCAGAUGGUGUCCGCCAACAGCGUGAAGAGCAAGCAAGAGUAGAUGCCUCAGAGCCAUUGACAGCAGAAGAACUCGAAGAGAAAGAAGGUCUUCUUGAAAAGGGCUUUACUAACUGGUCGAAAAGAGAUUUUAACCAAUUUGUGAAAGCAUGUGAAAAGUAUGGCAGAAAUGAUAUCGACAAUAUUAGGCUUGAUAUUGAGGGAAAAACACCGGAUGAGGUAGUAGAAUAUGCAAAGAUAUUUUGGGAAAGAUGUAAUGAGCUACAAGAUAUUGAUAAGAUUUUGGCUCAAAUUGAACGUGGUGAGGGUAAAAUACAACGACGAAUUAGUAUCAGGAAGGCAUUAGAUUGGAAAAUUACAAGAUAUCGAACACCAUUUCAUCAGUUGAGAAUUGCGUAUGGAACCAACAAAGGAAAAAAUUAUACUGAAGAGGAAGAUAGAUAUUUGGUUUGCAUGCUGCAUCGUCUCGGAAUUGACAAAGAAAACGUUUAUGAGGAAUUAAGAUCAGCUGCAAGGAGUGCUCCACAGUUCCGAUUUGAUUGGUUUUUAAAAUCGAGAACUGCAACGGAACUUCAACGACGUUGCAAUACCCUUAUAACUUUAAUUGAAAGGGAAAAUUCAGAAUUGGAGGAAAAAGAACAACAAGAGAAGCGUAAAAAGCGUGGCAGAGCCAGUUCAACUACGAAGGCUGCUCAAUCCAAACGCAAGGCCGAUAGUAAUGCUGAAUCACGAAAACGAAAGAAGAAAAAGUAA